AUGGAGACAAUAGGCACCAGUCCGAUGACAUGUGCAUUUAAUUCGCUUCUACGCACCAGUCCGAUGACAUGGUCUAGAGCCUUCUUCAGAGUAGGUACGCAUUGCAAUGAUAACUUGAACAACCUCAGUGAGUCUUUUAAUAGAACCAUACGCCAAGCUAGGAGGAAGCCUUUACUAGAAAUGCUUGAGGAUAUAAGGAGGCAAUGUAUGGUGCGGAAUGAGAAGAGGCAUAUCAUUGCAGGAAGAUUGAAGACAAGGUUCACUAAGAGAGCUCAUUUGGAGAUAGAGCGUAUGAUAGAAGGGUCUCAGUUUUGCAUCAGAAGCAUGGCUAGGGACAAUCAACAUGAGGUAGAGUUGCAUGAUGAGUCUUAUUCUGUUGAUAUGAAUGCACUUACCUGUGGAUGCAUUAAGUGGCAGAUGACUGGUAUUCCUUGUGUCCAUGCUGCUUCUGUGAUCAUAGCUAAAAAACAGAAAGUUCAAGAUUAUGUUGUUAACUGGUACACAACAAGAAUGUGGCGGGCAAGCUAUAAAGAUGGUAUUCAGCCUGUUCAAGAUCAGUUGGAAUGGCCUCGAAUGAACAGAUUGGGAGUCUUGCCACCACCAUGGAGGAAAGGAAAUCCAGGUCGACCAAAUAACCAUGCUAGGAGAAAAGGGAUGUAUGAAAGUUCAUCUUCAUCAAGCAACACACGAGUGGCAAACAACGAAAGAGUCAUGACUUGUAGCAACUGUAAACAAGAAGGACACAAUAGGUUAUCUUGUAUAAACCCGACUGUUGAAGCUCCAGCUGCAAGACCAAGGGGUCGUCCAAGGAAGAAUCAGGAACCAAGGAAUGUAUUGUUUGGCCAAGGACAAACCUGGGAACAAGGCUCUUAA